AUGUUAUUGAACGCCGGCAAGGUCACGCAGGAGUUCUAUCUGGUAGAGGGAAACGAAAGUGCCAUCGCGGUCAAUGUUGUCGAUACAUUCCUUCUGGCAUUACUGAUGCUUCCAACGCUGCGCCAAGCCGCUGAGGAAUUUUCCAUCGUGCCUCGAAUUGCGGUCGUCGCAUCUGAUCGGCGUAUUAUGACCAAUCUACCUGAAUGGAAAACGGAGAAUACAUUUGCUACUUUGAAUGACCGAUCCACAGCAAAUAUGUACUAUAACUAG